AUGGCCCUCGAAGAUGGAUUUCCGCCCGAUGCAACCUACCCAGUCGCCGCGGAGCCAGCCUUCGUCGACCUCGGCAGCCUCGCGACCGGGCCCCCCGGCCGCGCCUGCCGCGCGGACCGCGCCGGGCCCUCUGCAGGGCGUGAGGCGCAGGCCGGCGGCGGCGACGCCGCGCCCCCAGACCCCUCGGGAGCGGGCGGCCGAGACGCGGCCGCCGCCGGGCGUGCAGGUGCUCAACGCCGCCGCGGUGCGCACGGCGAGGGGCAGGGAGGCCUACCAGAUGCUGCACACCGCGUUCGUGACUUGGGCCAGGAGCCAGCAGAUGGCGCUGUCCUCGGCCGCGGACGUCGACAAGGCAGCGGUGGGCUACCUGCACGUGAUGUUCGACGAGGGGAAGCACCUGACCUACGCCAACCGCCUCAUCGCGGCCAUCGCUUGGAUGCGGCCCGAGUUCAGUCGGCACGGCCCGCUCCGCCUCCCGCGGGCGAAGCAGGCUGCUGCGGGCUGGAAGAACCUGGCGCCGCCGAAGAGCCGUCAGGCGCUGCCGAUCGAGGUGGUCUUCCUGGUCAUCAACUGGCUUCUCCUCCAGCGGUCCUACGAGGCCGCGCUGGCGGUGUGGCUGCUGUUCGAGAUCUACGGUCGGCCGGGAGAGAUUCACAAGCUGCGAGCCGUGGACCUCGUGCCGCCGCUGAUGUCGCGGGGCGCGGCCCAUCGCUUCUGGAGCGUGACGCUCCACGCAGCCGAGGUGGGCGACGUUUCCAAGACGAACGAGUUCGACAACUCCGUGCGGCUCGACCUGCCUCGUCAUCAGCGGCUGGCCGCAAGCCUGGACUGGAUGCUGGCGCGCAGGUGGGGCGCGGGCUGGAGGGCGAGCGCCCUCGCCCGAGAGGGCGGGGCCGCAGGCUUGCCCGGCUCGCUCUUCCUCAUCUCGCCCGCGGACGUGUCCCAGGAGUUCCGGCGGGCGGUGCGGCGCAGGCUGGACGAGGGAGAGCUGGGCAGCCGCGAGGCGAGCCGCUUCUUCUUCGUCUUCUCUCAGGCCGCGCUGCUGGACGGGGAGCUGGCCGGCAGGCUGGCAGAGACAGUGCAGCUGGGCCCGGAGGCGCUGAACGGGCAGGACCUCGCCGUCAUGCUGCCGUGCCUCGGCCCCGCCGCGGGCACCCACCCGGAGCUGCUGCAGCGGCUCGCG